CCCUAGUUCAAAGUUCAGAGAUACAUUUCCUGGAGGAGUAGGAACACGUGCGGACAAGACCGUCUUCUGCGAGUAACAACGGAGAGCCUCGAUAUCUUAAAAACCGUAUCCUUGCCUCAGAUGUUACAUUUCUUAUAGAUGUAAAGAGCAGGUAUAUGUGUAUGGUACCGACUUUAGUUUGAUGAUCACCAUAGAUUUUAGAGCCAAAAGAUGUCCAAAGAAGAACGGGAAGAGUAUGAGCAGCUGAUGCAGGAAAACGCACACCUGGAGGAGCAGGUGAACAUCAAGCAGGCGGUCAUCCGGCAACUGGUAACGGACAUACACUCACUGUCACAGGAGGUUGAGGCCAUGUACCUGCAGCAGAAGUGGAACACUGAUGACAGUGGACAGCCACGCCCUUCCCCCGAACAGGAAGCAGUCAGAAUCUGUCAGCUGCUGCAACACAGCCCACAGCUGUUUGAAGAUGUCUUAUCACGGUUAAAUCAGAGAACGGCUCAGUUGACAUCACAAGCUGCUGCUCUAAAGGAGGAGCUGCAACAGUACAGUAAGACGUGAUGUUGCAGGCUUUCUUCUGAUGGUUCAGGUGGCCUGCCAGGAGCAGGGUGCACCACAGCAGAGCAGAACAAGUUCUUUUCCCCUAAGGGUUGUAACAAGUAGUCCAGAGGUGGUGAUACUUGUCAGCUCUUCAUCAUGACAGAGGACAGGCCGGAAGUGAGGCAGUUCUGUGACCAGCACCAAGAGUUGUAAUCCAGGUUACUGAUGUAGAACACUAGGCCUGGACAAAGACAGGUCUUGUCUUUUAAUUCUCAUUGUG